AUGUGCAAAAACAAUUUUUAAUUGUCUUACAUGUUCUAAUAAUUAGACUUGUACAUAAUGUUAACCUGGAUUUAUUUUAGAUGGAAAUAAUUGUACUCCAUGUUCUUAUUUUAUAACAAAUUGUUUAGUUUGUAAAAACAAUUCAAGUUGUUUAGAAUGUACUCCAGGUAAUUACCUUAAUACAUUAAGUACUUGUUCAUCUUGUGAUGAUCCAAAUUGUAUUAAUUGUAAUUAAUCAUCUUCUAAAUGUACUGCUUGUGCUUCAGGAACUUAUUUAAAUGGAAAUUAAUGUUAUACUUGUUCAAUUAUUAAUAAAUGUGUUGCAUGUUCAAAUAGUUAAAAAUGUAUAGCUUGUUAACCUGGUACAUAUUUGAAAAAUGAUUAAUGUUAAACAUGUGAUGAUUAAAAUUGUACUUAUUGUAAUUCAUCAUCUAUUUGUUAAUCAUGUAUAGCAGGUUAUUAUUUAAAUAAUAAUAAUGGAUGUUCUUAAUGUCCAAUAGGUUGCACAUCUUGUUAAAAUAACAUAUAAUGUAAUUCAUGUGGAAUAGGAUAUUAUUUAGAUGGUAAUACAUGUACAAAUUGUACAAAUUCAUUAACUAAAUGUUUAGCAUGUAUAAAUGAUUCAACUUGUACAAAUUGUGAAAUUGGAAAUUAUCUUGAUGGAAAUAGUUGUACAAAAUGUCCAAUUAGUUUGAAUUCUUGUAAUGCUUGUAAAAGUAAUACAAUUUGUAUUGCAUGUAAUUCUGGUAGUUAUCUUAAUGGUUCAUAAUGCAGUAAUUGUAAUGAUAUUAAUUGUCUUAAUUGUACUGAUGCAAAUACUUGUACUUCUUGUGCUCCUACAUAUAUUGUAAUUAAUAAUGCAUGUACAAAAUGUAUAGGAUAUUCUGAUAAAUGUACAUCUUGUUUUAAUGGAUAUUGUAAUAGUUGUAUCAAUAAUUAUUUAAUAUAAUCUGAUGGAACAUGUCUAAAAUGUCCAGAUAAUUGUUCUUAAGGUUGUGCAAAAAAUACAUUAUAAAAUACUAAUCCUACUAUUUGUUAAGUUUGUUAAGAUCAAUAUUAUUUAAAUAGUAAUGGAUUAUGUAUUAAAUGUUCAAGUACUUUUUUAAGAUGUAAAUAUGAUGUUGAUACAUAAUAAGUAUAUCCAACUUAAUGUAUAGAUGGUUAUUUUUUAGUUAAUAAUUAAUGUAUUAAAGCAUAAGAUGAAAAUACAUGUUAAAAAUUAUAUUAAUCUAAUGAUGGAAAUUAAAUUGAUUCUUAAUUAUGUUAAGAUUGUUGGCCAUCUUAUUAAUAAAAUAAUUAAAUAUGUUAUAAAUGUCCAUAUUGUGCAGAUAAUAGUUGUUCAUUAGAUUAAAAUAAUAAACCUAUUUGUAGUUUAUGUGUUAAUUAUUAUUAUAGUGAUUCUAAUUCUAUUUGUUAAUUAUGUGUUGCUAAUUGUAUUCAAUGCAAUGCUGCAGGUAUUGAAAAUUGUCAAUAAUGUGAUAUUGGAUAUUAUAAGAGUUCAAAUGCUUGUAUUGCUUGUACUACAGAUAAUAAUAAUAAAUCUACUUGUUUGAAUUGUACAAAUGAAAAUACUUGUGCUACUUGUUAAAAUGGUUAUUAUGAAUCUAAUGGAUAAUGUUUAGCUUGUUAAUAUGGUUGUAAUUAAUGUGUCUCUCCAGGUAAUACUUGUAUUGCUUGUAUUACUGGUUUCUAUUUAUAAAAUGGAGGUUGUGUCAAAGAUUUAGGAAAUUGUUUAGAAAAAUAAUAAAAUUAAAAUAAUGGUUGUUAAGUUUGUGCAUAUGGUUUCUAUCCUACUAAAGGUUGGCUAUCACAAUCAGGUUAAUCAUAAGUAAUUGAUACAACCUGUUUAUAAUGUGUCUAUCCAUAAGCAGCAGUAUAUAUUAUUUAUUAUUUAUUAAUUAGUUUGUUUGUAGAGCUAAUCCCUCAGACAAUUAAGUUGUAAGUGCUUCCUAUGGAUCUAUAUCUUCAAUUAAAAAUACAAAUUAUUAUAAGUCUGCUACUUCUUUAGGACCAAUUAGAUAUACAACUCCAUAAUGUAAACUUGGAUCAUUUUGGACAUAAUAAAGUUGUAUGCCUUGUCCAACAAUAAAUAAUGGAAUGUGUCUUACUUGUAAUAACUUUACAACUUGUACUUAAAUUUAAUGUAAUGUUUAAUAUCAAUUAAUCACAAUCAAUAAUAAUUAAUAAUGUGCAUAAAUACCUUUAGGAUGUACAGAAAUAUAGUAUUCAGAUUAAAUGAUGUCAUUAGCAUGUACUAAAUGUAAUUCUGGAUAUACUUUAAUUGGUAACAUUUGUAUUUCAAUUAAUGGAUGUUUGAAUAUUGAUUAGAAUAAUGGAGCUUGUACUUAAUGUACUAAUGGAUAUUACUUUAAUUGGGAUUUCUUAUUAUAAAAUCCAAAGACUUCAUUAUCUACUAAUACAUAUUAUUAUCAAAAUUUCAAUCCAUUUUGUAGUAAAUGUAAUACAGGUUGUGCUAUAUGUCCAUCAUAAUAUACUUGUACUGAAUGUUUACCUGGAUACUUUUGGUAUUAAUCAACACUUACAAUAAAUUCAUAUACUUUUAAAACUUAUACAAAUGCAUAAACAAAUGCUUCAGGUUAAUGUGUUCCUUGUCCUAAAAAUUGUUCAACUUGUUCAAGUUCAACUAUUUGCACAGCCUGUAAUACUAAUUUUACUAUAGAUCCUAAUUCUACUAAUGGUGAUUGCAUAUGUUCUUCACCUUAUACUUAUAAUUAAACUCAAUAAACUUGUAUUCUAAUACCUUCUGUUAAUUCUACUUGUUCUUUUGUAGGAUGUAUUUAGUGUAAUUCUGAUAAUACUUAAUGUUAAACAUGUAGUCCUUAAUAUGCAUUAACAAGUCCAACUACAUGUACAUAAUGUUUGAAUUGCAACUAAUGUUCUCUUUAAACUGGAACUUCUAAUCCAACUUGUUUGGAAUGUGCUGAUGGAUAUUAUAAAGUAUAAGCAAAUGAUGGAGCUCCUAUCACCUGUUAAUUAUGUUCUCAAUCCUUAAAUAAUUCCUUAAGAUGUUAAGGUAUUUUAGAAAAUUAAACUCAAUUAACCAUAAUUUAAUGUGCUGAUAAUUACUUUUUAUUUGGAAAUGCUUGUUAUUAAGUUGGAAACUCAAAUUGCUACACCAUUGCUAAUCCUAAUAGUCAAUCUUGUCAAUAAUGUCUUCCUGGAUAUACAUUAUAUGGAAAUAAUUGUGAUCAAUGUAAUACUAAAAUACUUAAUUGUUUGACAUGUAUUUAGAGUUAAGAUUAAAAUGGAUUAAUUUGUUAAUCAUGUAUUAAUGGUUAUGUUUUAAAUACUAAUACAAAUUCAUGUUAAUAAUGUCCCAAUGGAUGCUAAAAAUGUACAAUUACUGGUACUAUUACUCCAUAUAUACUAUCUUGUAAUACUUGUGCUGAUGGAAACUAUAUUGAUAGUAAUGGAAAUUGUUAAGGAUGUCCAUUUGAUUGCAAAUCAUGUGAUUCAAAAUAUGUAAUAAAUAUUUAAUAUUUAGAUUUGUAAUACUUGUAAUGAUGGAUAUUAUUUAGUUCAAUCUUCCGUUAUAUUAAAUUCCAAACCAUAUAUAUUUAAACCUUGUUAUCCAUGUUAAAAUAAUUGUGCUACUUGCACAGGACCCACUGGCAAUAUUUGUUAAACUUGCAAAACUGGCUUUGUACUUCAAAAUGGAGGCUGUAUUGAUUUAACCUUAAAAAUUCUAAAUGACUCCACUUCAUACAAUUUGGCCAAUUGUUAUACGUCAGAUUCUACUGGUUGUACAGUAUGUUUAGCUGGAUUUUUCUUAGAUUCAUAAAGAGUUUGUUAAGAAUGUGUUUCACCUUACAAUAAUGUAUAAAUUUUAUUACAAUAUCCCUAGUUUGUUUGUGGCCUUAAAGCAGUCUCUCCGACUUCACCAUCAAAUCCUUCAAGUAACUAAACUAAUACGAAUACAAAUACAAAUACAACCACUGACUCUAUUUAAAUAGGUUACAAUCCAACUUAGCCAAGCAGUCUAAGUUUAAUAUUAGCAACAAUGCUUAUUUUUAUGGUAUAAUGA